ACUAGCAAUACAAUUAAACGAUUUAAGAAAAUCAGAAAAGGCAAAAGAAAAGGAAGGAGUUUACUCCGAGCUUUCUCAAAUUAUGCCAGUGUUAGAAACAAUUAGGGAGAUUCUAAUCUCUCAAUAUUUUAAACAAAAGGAAAUUAAAAGUUCGGUAGAUUUAAAAAAUGGGGCAUUAUUAGCAGAAGUAAUUAGAAGAAUAAAUUCUGGGGAUAUUGAAGAUAAUGAGUUAGGCGAAUUAAAACAUGUAAUUAAUGAAAAUGAAUAA